UGUUACUGUAACGUGGCACUGUGUUCAUCUUGAAAGAAGGAGCCAAAUUAUUGAUGAAUACUCAUAUGGGAGGCUUGACUUUGAAGAAAGAACAGCUCACAAGGUAACGGCACACCUUUCAUUUACUGGCAAGACUUGAUCUGUCAAGAAUAAAGCUGGAACCAUCAAUCCUCAGUCUUCCAAAGAUAGAAAAUCUUUUAAUGCUUUGGUUGUACAUAUAUUAAUUGUGUAUUUAAUCAAUAAUGGCUCUGAAGAUUCAAUCACUUUUGUUGACAUGGAAAGAGCUUGACUUGCACAACACUCAGCAGUCCAUAGAUGAGACAGCCACAGAACUCACGGCGAAACAGGACGAGAGCGACGUGUCCAGGAAGAAGCUCGUUGAGGCCAUCAAGGAGUUCAAGAAAAAUGUACCAGAAGAUGUCAGGAAACAGGCUGCUCCUAUCAUCAAAAGCUUUCAGACCGAAAUUGAUAACUUGACAAGAAGGUGCAAGGUUGCUGACUCGGCUUUCCUGAAAGUUUAUAAGAUCUUGGUUGACAUUGCCGAUCCUGUACCUGCUCUGGAAUAUUGCAUUGGGCUGGAGAAGAAGCUUGGCAAAUAUGCUGACUUGGAAAUUGAAAACAAGAACCUCCGCGAAACUUUGAGUGAGUAUAACGAAGAGUUUAAAGAAAUUCGUAAUCAAGACGUUACCAUCAAAAACUUACGUGAGAAACUGAAGUCUUAUGAAGACAACCUUUCGGAAAGUGUCACUUCAAAGAUAAAGGAGGCAGAGAAAGAGCUCCAAGAGCAGUAUUCUGAAAAAGAACGUCUGCUACAGGAGGUGCAAGCUGGCGCCAUAAGGCGCAUGGAGGAGGCCGAGGCAAAAACCAGGACACUGCAACAUACACUGGAAGUCACGCAGUCGCAGCUCUUCGAACACAGGGGUAAAGUAGAAGAAUUGUUAGCCGCUCAUAGUGAAGAGGUCAACAUCCUUGCUGAUGACUUGGACCGUGCAAAUCACCGGGCCAUGCAGGCUGAGAAAGACGCUGCUAGGCUGCGCGAAAUGCUCGAAAACGCAGCUAAAAAAAUGUCCGAUGAACCUGCAACGGUUUCUCAAAUUGAUGCUGAUGCCGAAAUGCUGGCGCGAUCCUCCCUCGAAGUCGAGCUUUCGAUCAAAGACAAGGAAGUUGUUCAGCUCGUGCAAGAAGUCAAGAAACUCCAGGCGGGAUACAAGCAAGUUAGGGAUGAAACGGAAACGAAGAUCAACAACCUCGAGACGAAGUUGGCAGAAAAGAGUAUGCUUGUCGAUGAUUUGCAGAAGAUCCUUGAUGAACAGAAAGACUACCAAGAAGUCAAGCGAGAGCUAGCGAUUGUCAAAUCAGUCGAGUUUGGCUCUUGCAGCGAAACUGACGACUGGAAACGUGAGAGCGCCCACGAUAGUAGGCCUCUCGAGCUCCUGCUUAUGGAGAAGAACAAAUCUCUACAAAAUGAGAACACGAUCCUGAAAAAGGCAAAUCUUGACCUAACCAAGCUCAUUUCUGAAUCAAAUCAAGAAGUUUCAUCACUCCGAACUCUGACUUCGGAACAAAAAUGCCUUAUAGGACAACUUGAAAGCGAUUUGGCGUCCAUGCAGUCCUUUUCGAGCGUCUACCGUGGAGAAGGUGAAGGGUGCCCUUCAGCGCCACAGAUAAUUGCCGAGGCCGUCAGAGGCUCGUCCGUCACUUCAGCUCCUGCAGGAGGUGAGCAUGACGGUGCUGCGGCUGACGUCACUUCAAUUCUGGACGAGGAAUUAGACCAAACGUCGACUUCCGAGUCUCUUCUGUCGAUCGUAUCCGCCCAACGUGAGAGGUUCAGGUCGCGUAACGACGAACUUGAGGCUGAGCUCACGGCUAAGAAUCAGCAAGUGACCCUCCUUCAGAACGAACUGGACGUCUUGCGAUCGGACAACGUCAAACUUUACGAAAAAAUCAGGUUUUUGCAGUCCUACCGUAACGAGCACACGUCAAACGUUACCAAUGCUGAGUCUCGGUACAGCAACCAGUAUGAGGAGUCGCUGGAUCCGUUCCUGUCUUUCUCGAGGCAAGAAAGACUGCGUCGGUACAGCGCCCUCACUCCCUUCGAGAAAAUGACUUUAGCUUUCGGUAGAUCGGUUCUAAGCAAUAAAACUGCCCGCACUGUAACAUUCAUCUACACGGCACUGGUUCAUUGCCUCGUAUUCAUGGUGCUUUAUAAACUAGCGCACACCGAGUCCUGCAAGAAUGACAUAUCGCUAGACUGUGCUGAGCGGUUUGCUGAGCACAUGCAUCGGGAACACAACCUAGACGACUUCAAUGGGUAACUCGCACAGUUUGAAUUUGAGUUACUUUGUUUCUUAGCCAUAACUGCUGGCGCUUCAAGGAGUUUAAAUUCGAAUCAAGUGGGGAAGCUUGUACGGAUUUGAUCAGUUUUGAGUGUUUAUGCCUGGAUAUCGCGCUAAAUUUCUGGGAUAAAAAAAUUUGAAUGGUCUUUAAGGAAAUAAUGAUUUGUUGUUUUUCAUGAAUUGUAACUGAAAAUUAUUUAUUUAUUUUGACCUUUUCGAGAUUGCUUUUCUGCAUUUAAAUGACACGUCCUUUUUAUUGCAUGCACUCGGGGUGAGAAAAAGACGUGCAAUGGUAUUUUUAAUGUAGUAUAAGGAGUCGCGAUUGCGAAUUUAACGCACAUUUCCUCGUGUUUUACACACGCUGAAGGUUUCGCUUCAAUGUUGCUGAUUAUUUAUUUAAUUCACUGCUGGAAUAAGGGUGCCGCUGACAUGUGUUAUGAAUACCAGCCGAAAAUGCGUCCAAACUUAGUUGAAAUUAGCGUUAGCGCAGUACGCUCAGAGCGUUCGUAGGAAACCAUCCUGUAGCGCACGUGGACGGUGUGGCGCACGUGGAUGGUGUGGCGCACGUGGAUGGUGUGGCGCACGUGGACGGUGUGGCGCACGUGGACGGUGUGGCGCAGGUGGACGGUGUGGCGC